AUGGAAAGACGACAGUGGGAGAACGAACGGCAGAUGCAAAUUCUGUUCCAAGAAACAAGGAAGCUCAGGGAAGAAAAUGAUGUUUUGAGAAACCGAAGUUCACCUCAACCUCAGCACUAUCAGUGGAGACAGGGUCCCCAUUAUAGUCAGGGAGCUCCACUCCCCCGGGAGGCAAGCCCAACCCUCGAGGCGCAUCAAGUAUGGCCUGUCGAAACCCCAGUGCAUGCCUACCGUGCCCAGCGAGAUGAAAGCUCAGGCUCCACUCGGGUUUCAUCCAAAUUACGACAUGAGAAAAGGCCUCAACUAUCUGACGCCAUGUAUGCGCGUCUGGGACCUCAAACAUCUCACAAAAACAGGCCUCACGCCACCGUAUUGCCAGAGGUACGCUCUGAGCCCUCGAGCUCGCCUACUUUACAGGGACAUACCGCCCGCCCCCUAGUGGCGCAGAGUGGUAAAAAUCCCUUGUACACAGCCGCUCCAGGCUCUAUAAGCAAGCGUCUGGAUGACAUGCUUUCCACGCCUUUCAGCUCGCCCAGACAUAAGCAGAAUAUUAGCACCCUGCAGAAUCUCAAAAUGCAAGAAAACGAAACGUUGAGAGAGUUCGUGAAGCGUUUCGGACAAGCUGUCCUUCAAGUCGAAUUGUACAGCAUUGACGCAAUUCUCCAAAUUUUUAAGCGGAGCAUAAGCUCAGGAACUACCUUCUUUGAGUCUCUCGCCAAAAAACCUCCUACAACCAUGGACGAAUUAUUCCAGCGUGCAAGUAAAUAUUCCAUGUUAGAAGAUGACAUCCGUGCCGCUACACAGCAGGUCCUGGUGACUGGCCAGACUACUAAAAAUGAAGCCACCAAAAGCUACAAAGCGCCCAACCAUCCGGGGUCAUCCAACAGGGGGUGGCCAGUACCGAUAAGAUCGAACCCCUCAGAAAGGGAUCGUAACAAAAGGUGUGAUUACCAUAAAGAUCAUGGGCACACAACUGAAACGUGCAUAAGCCUCCGUUAUAUGAUAGAGGAGCUCCUAAAAGCUGGACACUUGAAGCAAUAUGUCCGAGCAGCGCCUAAAGGUGGAGAGUCACCCCAUAGUCGAGGCCCGAGUGCCUCAGCAGCUCCUAUUAGAGCAAUGAUCAACUACAUAUACGGAGGACCCUUGGAUGACAAAUGCAAUUCCAAAAGAAAAAAGCAAAGACUAUUGCGAGCAGCUACAGUUCAAGAACACGUGAGCCCCGUCCGGCCGGGAUUGGUCAAUGGGAGCAUCCAUCCCAUAGAUGGAACCAUUGUCUUCCCCGCUCCAGAUCCAUCCCGAGUGUUGCAGCCACACCGAGACGCUCUCAUCCUAACAAUAGGGGUGGGAAACUAUGAUGUAAAAAGAAUCUUGAUCGACCCAGGCAGCUCCGCAGACUUAUUGCAGGUAGCAGUCAUCAAACGAAUGGGUUUUGAGCCCUCAAACCUAGAAAAUCCUGGAAGAACCCUGUCUGGAUUCAAUGGGUCAUCUACAACCUCACUUGGGGAUAUAAUACUGCCGGUUUAUGCUGGGCCUGUUAUCCUAAACAGUUUGUUUUCUGUGGUUGAGGAUUUAUCCUCUUUCAAUGCCAUCUUGGGACGUACAUGGUUACAUGGAAUGAAGGCUAUUCCAUCCACAUAUCAUCAGAGGGUCAGCUUCAUCACCCAAGAUGGACAAAUUAAUCUCUACGGAAGCCAGCUUGCUGCCCGACAAUGUUAUCAGGUCGCUCGCAAGGCUGAAUCCAGCACCAACUGCGAGCAUCCUUCCAAAGAAGUAGGUACUUCCGAUCAAUAG